GCUGUUCUCGUCACAGAACAGUGGUUUUGCGCUGGAAGACACAGUCUGUCUGGUGCUAAAAUGGUGCUUCUACUGAUCAUCGCAGGGCUCGGAGUUGUGACGUUACUGGUGAUUUUAUUUGCACCUCAUAUAAGGAAAUACGCGGCAGGAGGAGUGUGCACGUCCUUUGCUCGUCUGGAUGGGAAGACAGUCCUCAUCACUGGAGCCAACACAGGGAUUGGGAAGGAGACAGCUCGGGUUUUGGCAGAGCAAGGGGCCCGGGUGAUUAUGGCAUGUCGGGACGUGGAAAAGGGCGAGGAGGCUGCGGCCAGUAUACGAGCGGCCAACCCUAAAGCACAAGUGGAGGUUCGCAAACUUGACUUGGCAGAUACCUGCUCGAUACGUGCCUUUGCACACGAUUUCCUGAGAGAGGUCGACCGCCUUCAUAUCCUCAUCAACAACGCCGGGGUGAUGAUGUGUCCUUACUCUAAAACCACUGAUGGCUUUGAGAUGCACAUCGGAGUCAAUCACUUGGGUCACUUCCUGUUGACGUACCUCCUCAUUGGGCUGCUGAAAAACAGCGCACCGGCCCGAAUCAUCGUGGUGUCGUCGGUCGCACACUACUUUGGCUGGAUCCGCUUCCAUGACCUCCACAGCCAGGGCAGCUACAACGGCGGAUUAGCAUACUGCCAGAGUAAAGUGGCAAAUCUGCUGUUCACCAGAGAGUUGGCUCGUCGACUCCAAGGUACCAACGUGACGGUGAACGCGGUCCAUCCGGGCACGGUGAACUCUGACCUUUCCAGACACUCGACUCUCAUGAUGCUGUUCAUGUCAGUCUUCUCCGUGUUCAUAAAAACCCCGUCGGAAGGAGCCCAGACCAGCAUAUACUGCGCUGCGGCAGAAGAGCUCCACUCUGUGUCUGGGAAAUACUUCAGUGACUGCGCGCCUGCCUCUGUGGCUCUCCAGGGAAGAAACGACGAGACGGCAAAAAGACUGUGGGACGUCAGUUGUGAGCUUCUUGGUAUCGAGUGGCACUAAUUUGAAGUUUUAUCACCUUCUGUCAAGCCUUGUCCACAUGUACAUGGGCUUAUCAUUAAGUUUUAUUCUCUCAUUCACCAAAACUGUACUUGAGCCAGACUUUUUCCUGAAUGAUGAAACUCAAUUUUCAGUGUUGUCGUGUAAACAGGGAUUGUUUUUUCGGCUAAUGAAAUCAUUGUUGUCAGCCAAUCAGGCUUCUGAUUGAGCAACAGGGCUUCGCAAUUAGGGCUUUCUCACUGCCUGUUGGUUUGGCUCUUGAAAGACAGCUUUGUUUUUCUAAUUAAAAUCCAAUUUGUAUUUGUAUAGUGCCAAAUCGCAGCACGGUCUCUGCCUUACAAUGUAAGGUUUAAAGUAAAAAAGUUACAGCUCAUUCAGGACCAGACAUUCAGGAAAAGCUUCUGCAAAAAAAGAAUAACGACAGUGUCGCUUUUAAGUCUAGAGACAGAACCUUAUAAUGUGGCCCCUUUGGAGAGUAUGGAAACAGACCUGCAGUAUGUAAAAUAAACAAGAUAUUCAAGUUAGUAAGCUUUGGAUUGUGUACCUGGUAUGAAGUGAUCCCAUUGAAAUGCGUCCUCCUCGUUCCAUCUUCUACGCUCACUCUCGAGCGUCUUGGAUACGGGAAAAACAAUUCUCCCUUUGACUGUUUUGUCAUCCCGGGGAACAACAGUUAGGCAGCGAUGGAUGACACAUUGGCCUGGUAUAAAUGCUACCUCGUAUGUCCGUCUAUGGAUUUGAACGUUUGGAUUUGUCGAGAGCGUUGCAUGAUGGGAUUGUGUAACAUCAGCAACCUCGUAGCUCCAUAGCGUGAAGAGUUAACGGUACUGAGCCCUGUGGAACUCCAUCAUUAUUUUUUGUCUGCAUAGAGGCAUUCUUAUAUUGGAAUAUUAUAAUAAAUUAAGAAAUACCCUUGUACAUGUGAUGGAGGCCUCAGUCCUCCCUAGAGUCCUUAUCUAUUCUGCAGUUUUAAUGUUUUGUACUUUGAUUCUUACCGAAUAGGCUUUGAGGUAAUUAUGUAAGAGGUACUAUAAAGUAAAGUUGCUUUUAUUUUGUGUAAUAAUGCUGUAAUUACAUAAUAUUAACUUGAAUAUCUUUGAACAGUUUCACAAACCAAAAUCAUCCAACUUUAUUAUUAUUAUUAUUAUUAUUAUUCUUAUGUAAUCAACUAUUUGACCCUAUAUAUAUUUUUGUGACACAAUGUGACUUCAGUGUAGGCAAAAAAGCAACAUGAUGCGUUGUAAUGCUGUAGGCUACUGUGAAGGGUUAAGCCAGGGUACAAGACCAGCAUCUUUCUCGUCUAUUGCGUGUUUAGAUUUCUUCAGAACUUGCAGCUAAAUUGCUUCACUUUUUUCGUGCCAGCAUUUCUAAGUCUUUGCAAUCGCAGGGUUUCUUACAGUGUUGAUUCAGGUUGAUUACAAAAUAAAUAAAAAACAGAAUUAGUGAAGAUCAGCGUCAGUCACAACCAAGACGGCUUCAAUCCCAUACAUGUAUUUUGUGAUAAUUGUACAACAUAGAGGUUAUAAGACCGUUUUUCUAUUUCAAUCAAAUCAGAGUCAGAAUCAUGUCACUGCAAUA